CCCGCUUCAGAAAUCCCAUCAUCCCACUCUUUAUUAUUCUUCUUCUUAGAAUCAUUUCCUACAUUUAUCACAAUCAAUCACCGCACUUCGGCUUCACAGUUCACAGUUCGAUCGCCAUCACGAUUUUUUGAAACAUGUCCAGUAGUGCUGCGUGUGGCAGACUCAUGCACCAGACUCGCAGGCUGAUGCUGCUCUGCGCGGGUCCAAGUCGCAGUCGUAGCCUUAAUGCUGCUGCUGCUGCUGCUGCUGCUGCUGCUGCUGUCAAUCUGCGACCUUCCUUCUCGCUCGCUCAAGGCCACGCUCGCAUUCAGAGCUACUCAUCCUCAGCACAGUCCAAGACGAACGCAGGGAAUGCCAAGAGCAGCGCAGGCUCUGCAGCUGUGGGCCAAGCACCGCCCAGAUCGAGCGGCAAGCAGCUUGUCUUUCUGCACCGCUUGGCGGAGAAGCAGGCAAUGACGUCGAUUACGAAUGACAGUUCGAGCAUUACGUUUCAAGACCUGAUCAAGCCCAGGGAAUUGCGGAGAGCACUGUUCUCGUCCUACGAGGCCGACACGGAUUGGUUUGUGCAGCAGCUCGCACCAAUGGUGCGGUCCCGCGGAGCAAGCGUUCAGUUGUUUGUUAGCAGCUCACCCACCGGCCGUGGCAAUACUGCCCUGAGCCCAAACAUUAACAUGACGCCGCUCACCAUAGGAAAAACCAGCGGUCGCUUGCACGGGCGGCUCAUGUUAUUGUUUCACGGCAGCGACACUUUGCGCGUUGCCGUCACCAGCGCGAGCUUGGUCCCAUCCGACUGGGGUGUGUUGGAGAACGUGACCUACUACCAAGACUUUCCGAUCGAGGCGAAACGCCCAACCGUGACGGAACGCGGUCUCGCAUUCCAAAGUACACUGAUGAACUACGUGACACAGCUGGUCGCGCACCAGCCGAAGGAUGAUGAUGUGGACGACCGUCACCCGGCGCGCGCUGCUCGCAUUCUGAAAGAGCUCAAGACGGUGAACUUUGACACUGUCGAGGCGAGGCUGAUUUCAUCCUAUCCCGAGCAUUCGAAUCUUGAGACGAAUGGAUGCCGACAAGGAUUGAUGGCUUUAGAGCAAGCAUUGCAAGCGGAAUAUUCCACCCUACCCGCUCAAGUCCUUAACUCUCCCAUCAUUUAUCAAUCGUCUUCAAUCGGGCAAGUCUCCGAUCCAUGGGUGACGCAAUUUGCGACAGCAUGUAACGCUGGUGCACCAGCUCGCAUUUCUGGCGAAUCUCGUGGCAGUCCUUUCGCGAUAGAUCCCGCAGAUGCGCUCAAGUUGCAAUUUAUCUUCCCAACCACUGCAACCGUCUCGCAAGCUCUUCAAGGGUUUCCGGAGGGACAUCCCCACCGACUGCACUUUUUCCCACGAUAUUUCAGCUCAACAUUCCCUCGUGGUUCCCUGUUCGACUAUCAAAGCAAGCACGGAAACGUUUUGCCAAAUUCCAAAGUUCUGCUGCGUGUUCCAGACGAGCAAAGUACAAUCGGCUACGCAGUCAUCGGAAGCCACUCCUUGGGCAUUGGAUCAUGGGGCAAUGGAGCUGUAUCGAGUGACUCCAAGUUGGGCGCAAAGGCCACUUCCAAGCCACGGAUGAUGCGAAACUUUGAGCUGAGUGUACUGAUUCCUGGAACAGAGAGUGAUCAAGUACCACUGCUCAAGCGAGUGGCAGUUCCAUUCUGCUUGCCGGCCCGUCCAUACUCGGCAUCCGAACAUCCGUUCUUGUGGUUGCUUUCACACAAGGAGCUGCUAGACGAAUAGCCCACUACUGCUGCCGAUCAAGUCCAAGGGUAAAAGUUUGGGAAGAGUAGGCAGCCCAGCAUCGAGUACAGGACAAAAUACGCCACAAGAGCGAUGGCUUGAAGACCGGGAAUGCCAGUUGGAUGUGCCAUGACUGAGUGCGUGGUGUUUUUUGUGUUGUUCGUGCGGAGUUUGAUUGGUUGCACAAUGUUUGCUGCUCCAAAGAAGAUUGCCGGGCAACUGGCGCAUAAGAACCGAGUCAAG